UAAUGAUAAUGCUAAUGUAUACGUGUGUCUGGUCAUGAUUUUUUUUUUUUUUUUUUUGUAAAUUUAAUUUAUAAUCGCAUGCGAGAGUAUAUGGCGUACGAAUGUGAGACUACGAGCGUAUGUAUGGGAAUUUUCUGUCUGAUGUUUUUGUUUUCUCGUUCCGAUCCCGAAUGCCGUACCGCGACGAGAUUAUCAUAAUUGCGUUUCUUAAUGGAACCGAGAUACCGUAUUUGUUUUUGCGGGACCAAAGGCUUUUCGCGUGGAAAGCGCGCGUUAUCGAUGUGUAAUACCUCUCGAUGGUACUUGUGUGACGACGACGACGACGACGACGAUAAUGUCCGCGCUUUUUCUUUCGCAUUACUUCUUCUUCUCUUUGAGUCGGAUGAGAGGGAGGGUCAAAGAAAAAUUGGCCGAGCGCGUGUUGCGUCGAUCAUAUAAUCCAUGUAUUGUGAACUGCCUACGAUAUAAACAUGUGUAUAUUUAUAUAUAUGUAUUUGAUUAUAUAAUUAUGUACAUAGAAUGAUAUAUCAAAACUUGUAAUCUCGUGAAUCGUCGAGAACGAAAAAAAAAAAAAUGAAGAUAACAGCACGGUCGCGAUUGAUGAUUUUUUUCUGGUAAUUUUAAUGUGAUAAUUUAUGCGAGGACCUUCUAACGAUGAUUGAUAAUAAUGUAGAUGAAUCGUAGCGUGGCUAAUCUGUCGAGUUUGAGAAAAAGUUCAAUUAACAAUGCUAGUACAAAUGAAGAGUUAAACCGAGUAAAUUUUCCGAUACCUAAACGAAAGAAUUAUGCCGAUAAAAAUAACGUUGAUUGAACGAAUCGUCUUUUUGUGCAAAACGAUUAAAUAAAUAUUCAAAGUGCAUUUAUUGUUGUAUUCUUUUUCUUGUUGCUGUUGUAAUUGCGAUCGCUCGCGACCGAAUUGAUAAUUUCAACCAUUUCUCUGGGGCGUUUUUGAACGAGAAUUGUUACAGUGACUCGACUCGAACGGUGACAAUUUUAUGAAUUUAUUUGCGAAAAAAACGCACGUAUAUCAACAGCGAUUCGAUAUGGCGAGGCAGGAUCCUAUUUCGUAAGUUUUCAUCUUUUUUAUAAGGAAGAAAAAAGAGAGAAGAAUACAAACAUACAAUUUUUAAUAAUCGUAUCGUCUAAGUGUAUUUCCAAAUUAAAGCUCGAAAAUCAACUUCUAAAUAUAGCUUAGCCUUUUUUACCCUCCUUAAGGGACAAUGGAUAAUCAAUACUUCUCUAAAUGUGUACAAAAACGUGAGAAUGUGUAAAUAGGUUUUAAGUGCCAAACAUAAGUUAACUAAAGAGAUAUAUAUAUUAAAUUCUUUCACUGUUGAUCAUGAAAUAAAAAAUAUCGAUGUAAAAUAUUGGGUGCGAGUGAGGAUUGCAUGAAAAUAUUUGUAAAUAUAAAUAAAAAAACAAGGAUGGAAUCAGACGGCAUGGAUCAAUCUGCGAAUUGAUACAGCUCGGAGAUGUUACAGACGGUAUGAAUUAUGACAAUUAUGUGCAAAAAUGAAUUGAUAUAUCAUUUAGCAAUCGAGAAUAAAAAAGAAUGAACGAAUGAAGUCAUUAAAGUUAAGUACAGCAUAAGCCAUAUAUUAUUUAUAUUUGGAGACAAAACGUUGACGUUACAAAUAACGAAGAGUAAAAGUAUUCGCGUGUUUGCUGUGCAAUCUCCUCCCGCGAGCGAUGAAUGGGCAUGUAUCAAGGGUAUGUCUAUCGAUACGAUGAAGAGUGACAUUUUAUUAACAUUAUUUAUUCAUGUGUGUAUCACAAAUUGAUACGACGAUGAGAAAUACAAAAAAAAAAGAAGAAGCUAUAAUUACCAUUAAAAAAUCAUGUAAAAACGCCAACGCGUACGAUACAUUAUAUUAUAAUAAUAAUUACGGAUAGUUGAUGCUGAUAUAAAUUUUAUAUUACAUGUUGCGAACUUGUAUACCGAUAAUAAAAAGGAACAAAAAAAAAACAAAUAAUAAUAUGUGUACUAUCGAAGUGAAAUCACUUUAUAAUAUCGUCGUUGAUAUUUUUCGUUGCAAUAGCUCUAUGGGGAGACCUUAGAAAUGAUUUUACGCCGAUCAACGGUAUCGAGAGUAAUGUACGAAGAUGAAAACGAGAUGCAAGGAUACAUGAUGCGAAAUAACGAUUUGUAUAUCUUUUCAUCGAAGCCUAUUUCAUAAAUACAGAUAACUUUUUUUUUCAUGAAAAUAAACUCAUUAUUUCUCUUGAAAAACAUGGCUUUACUUAUUGAUUCUCGUUUCAAAAAUAUACCGUUAACUAUCACGCACACGAAUAUCCUCGGCUGAUAAUGUUCGAGAAAUAGCCGCAGCCGAGCAAUCGUCGCCACUUUCGCUAUUGUCGUUGACUGUCAGUGUCUUCGGCGUCGCGCACUGCUAUAUGACUGCUGAGCAGACAGUGCAGUCAGUGCAAAAACAGUUUCAUAAGUCAAAACACACACCACUGCGUCAGUUUGCGCGUCUCCUAACCUCAGCGUUUGACUCGUUUUAUUUAUCAAUUGACAAAGAAAAAAAAAACGAUAAUUGCAACAAUGAAACCCUCACCGGUCGUUGCCGACGAGAUGUUCCCCGAGGGUGUGCACGGCCGUUAUCUGCCAUUCGAAAUGGUCGCUGAUAACAUGGAGGAUAUCGUAAGUAAACGACAGCGGAAGGACAACGUCGACUCGAACGACGAAGGAGAUGAAAGUUAUGAUUUUUUCCAGGCGGGUGGAUCUGGCCCCAUUGUGGUUGACAUUGCCGGAGAUGAAAAAUCCGUACACAUAGACUUUUACAAUGAUUUCGACGACUUGUUUGAUGACAAUGAUCUAGACUAAAAAAGUAACCAGCCUUUCACUACAAACAAAUACUCUUUACGUAAUGUAUAAUUAUUAUAUGCAGUGUAAAAAUUGUGAAUUGUUGGAUCAAUGUACAUAAUGAAUAAAGACUAAAAUUUUGAAUAAUAU